CACAGCUACUCAGGAGAAACGAAAUGAUCUGCCCUGGAGCCGCAGCAAAAUGCUGGAUGGACACCUACUCCUGGGAUGGUUAUCGUUCACAGUUAUAGUGUAUCUUCUCAACUUGCCUGGACCCACCACAGCAUACUUCGGGUUGACAGGUAAUGAACCGUUGUCUAUCCUGCCACUGAACUCUCUACCAGAAGAGACCACGGGCAGGGCCCACUACAAGCUGUGCGACCGGCUCAAACUGGAAAAGAAGCAGCGCAGGAUGUGCAGACGAGACCCGGGCGUAGCAGAAACCCUGAGGGAAGCUAUCAUCAUGAGCGCCCUAGAAUGCCAGCAUCAAUUCCGCUUUGAGAGGUGGAACUGCACCUUAGAGGGGCGCCACCGAGCCAACAUAUUAAAAAGAGGAUUUAAAGAGACAGCCUUCUUGUAUGCCAUCUCCUCAGCGGGUCUGACACACGCAAUGGCCAAAGCUUGUAGCGCUGGGCGGAUGGAGCGCUGCACAUGUGAUGAAGCCCCGGACUUAGAGAACCGUAAGGCCUGGCAGUGGGGAGGCUGCGGGGACAACCUCAAAUAUGCCAACAAGUUUGUCAAGGACUUCCUGGGCAAACGCUCUAACAAGGACCUGCGCGCACGUGUGGACAUGCACAACACAAAUGUGGGCAUGAAGGCAAUCAAGGCUGGAGUGGAGACCACUUGCAAGUGCCAUGGCGUCUCCGGUUCCUGCACCGUCCAGACCUGCUGGAGGCAGCUCCUUCCCUUCCAUGAGAUUGGCAAGCAGCUGAAGCAGCGCUACGAAACCUCUGUCAAGGUCGGCAGCUCCACCAACGAAGCCACUGGGGAAGGAGAGAUCUCCACAGGGCGGAGCCAGCAGCAGCAGCCUCUGUCCAGUUUUGGCGAUCAGAUCCCCCGCACAAUGGACCUGCUCCACAUCGAGGAUUCACCCAAUUUCUGUAAACCUAGCAAAUACUCAGGGGGCACUGUGGCCCGCAAGUGCUACAAGGACAAGAACUGCGACGCUAUCUGUUGUGGGCGAGGUCAUAACACGCAAAGUAGAGAGGUGACUGGGCCCUGCCAAUGCCAGGUGCGCUGGUGCUGCUACGUGGAAUGCAAGCAGUGCACACAAAGAGAAGAGGUCUACACCUGCAAAGGGUAAAGCAAGUCACCUGUCAGUCCCCCUCGGUCAGUGGAGCAAGAAAAAUAUGGUUGUGUUGGAGACAAUUUGUCGUUUUUGUUCUCAUGUGAGGUUCUGAUUCCAGUAUGGGAACAGAAAUCUGCAAACAAAAUGCGGAGCGAGCCGAGAAGCAAUAAGCACUUUGAGGGAUUUCUGUGGGUUGGGUUUUGGAGGUCCUGCAGAAUAAAAACUUUCAUAUACAACUAGGUUGACAUCCCAAACUUUUUAUCUCCUUGAUAAAAAUACCUUUUAAUUUCUUGUUUAAGAAAUCUAUUGACAACACUCCACAAGACAACAGACAAAAACUGAUCAUAACGCAGUCAAUGAGGAUCCAACACAAGGACAGUAACACCAACCGACUCAUUUCUUAGGCUUUGGCCAAAGAGGAAUAGUGUGCGUUUUUGUAUGUGUGUGUGUGUGUGUGCCUGUAAGCACGUGAGCGUUAGGUAGAUGGUUAGGGGGAAACGGUUUGUGUUGACCUUUUACAGCAAUGAAGAUCAUAUUCGAAGAAUGUUUUUUAAAAAAAACUAAACAACAAGGACAGGGUGUAAGAAUUAAUCUACACAUAUUCACACUCACACACAUUGUGUGUUUGCAUAUGUAUGUAAAUAAAUUCAGUUAUAUUGUAAUAUUAUACAAGCCACUUAUCUAACUAUGUAAAACAAACCACUAACCACACAAAUGUUAUUCAGUUUGUGUGCUAUUGCUCGUUUUUCUUCCUGAUUCAUGUUGACAAGGCCCUUUGGAAAGCAGCACACUUUUUUGACGUCUUGCUGUGGAUAAUUUAUAGACCCUUUGGGACUACUCCUUCACCAGGAGGAAAAAGAAAUAACCAUUUUUUUUUCUUUUACAUUAAUAUAAUAUAAAGCUGUUAGUACAUACAUUAACAGAAAAAAAUUAAACCAGUCAGUUUAGGCUAUUCUUGGCCUUGAGCGAACCAGUGUUCAGGGAAUAACUUAAACCACUAUAUGUAUUUGGAUUAAAUAGAAAUAGUGCAAAUGCAAAGAAUAUCCAAGCUGGAGAUAACAGUGGCCUUAUUUAAGCCAACAUCAUUGCAAGAAGCAACCUUGUGUGACGCGGAUAAAACUUUAUGGAGCUCUGUGGAGCUUAAAUCUUGUUAGUUUUCCUUUUUAUAAUCUGAAGUUGUAAAGAAAACUGUGGAGAACUGGAGGAAUGUAACUCCCUACCAUUUCAUAUCUGUCUUUCCUCUUCAGCUGCCACAAUUUGAGCCAUAUAGACAUGCAGUGUGUGCAGUAGAAGUUUAAACAGUACGAGGCAACUGAGACUUAAAUCUAUCUUGACCUGUGUGCAGUUGUGCUCAAGUGAAGAUCAAUGCUUAAGUCUCAAAGCUAAUAUGAACAUAUUUUAUAUGACUAUUAUUUGUGUGAUGUUCCACAAAUUAAAGUCUACAUGUAAAUAUUGAGGUUUCACUGAUGUUUUCUAUCUGAAGUCAGUGAAGCUGAUUUUAUACAAGUUUAUUUGCUUUUUCAUAUUGUUGCCUGGCAGCAAGAGACACAGUUUGACACAGUGUUGCAUACUGACCCCACUAUGCAAAUUACAGUGAUACUUUGAAGGAAUAUUGACAUUGCAGGAAACGCACUUACUCGCUUUCUUCAGGGUUGGAUGAGAAGAUGGCAUCACUCUCAGGUCUGUGUAGAGAAAUCUAACCCUGCAGCCAACAGAGUUUG